AUGGAUUUUCUUACCAAGUGCCUUGGGGGAUCUGCUUCUGCUAAACAACCUUCCGCGACCAUACAAGAGUUUUGCCAACGCUUCUCUCUUUCCCAACUUCGGCAAGCAACCGACAACUUCCACGAGAGCCAAAUGAUAGGUCAAGGAAGUUUGCUGGUGUCCCUCGUUGGGUUCUGCGACCAAAAAAAUGAAAUGAUUAUGGUCUAUGAGUACAUGCCUAACGCAUCCCUCUACGAUAAACUUCAUAGAAGGGAUAGCAACUCACCGUCACUCUCGUGGAAGAAAAGGCUAGAAAUCAGCAUAGGAGUGGCGCGUGUAUUGCACUACCUCCAUGUAGGAACCAAGCGCACCGUUAUCCAUCUUGCUAUAAAAUCAAGUAACAUUCUUUUAGAUGAGAAUUGGAUUCCCAAACUCACCGAUUUCAGGCUCUCUUUAAAAGGACCAAAAUAUUCAUCAAAUGAAAAAGCCAAGGAGGGUAUGGUGUCAGAUAAAUGCGACGUCUAUAAUUUUGGAGUGAUUUUGUUAGAACUAAUAUGCGGAAAAGGACAAAACUAUAUGAUGGAGAUUAUUCAUCUAGCGAAAAGCACGGAUGAGGGAAGUGAGGACCAAAAGGGUGGGAAUAAGGAUGAGGAUGAACCUUACUGGUCCUUGGAAAAAGCAGUAAGGAGAUUGGUGGAAAAGGGAAGUCUAGAAAAGAUUAUUGACGCAAAUAUAGGAGGAGAAAUAGCAACAGAGUGUUGCAAAUUGUACAUGGAAAUUGUACUCAGUUGCAUGAGUGAAGAUCCUGACGAAAGGCCACACAUGGGCCAAGUGGAGGUGGAACUGAGCUAG